CAUGGCGGCCUCCAUGAUGGAAGGCGUGAGUGAUCGUGGUUCGGAUAAAAGAGAUAAAAAGAAUAAAAAUACAGAUGAGGAGGACCUGCUGACGGUACCUGAGGGGUGGAAGGAGCCCCUCUUUAUGAAAGACGAUAACCCCCGGGGUCUGCUGGAGGAGAGCAGCUUCGCCACCCUCUUCCCUAAAUACAGAGAGGCGUACCUGCGGGAGUGCUGGCCCCUGGUCCAGAGAGCCCUCGCCGAUACCUUCAUCAAUGCCACCCUGGACCUGAUUGAGGGCAGUGUGACGGUCAGCACCACUAAGAAGACCUUUGACCCCUACGCCAUCCUGCGGGCGCGAGACCUGAUCAAGCUGCUGGCGCGCAGCGUCCCCUUCGAACAGGCGGUGAGGAUCCUGCAGGACGACAUGGCGUGUGAUAUCAUUAAAAUCGGGACGAUGGUGAGGAACCGACAACGAUUUGUUAAACGCAGACAGAGACUCAUCGGUCCUAAAGGGUCCACGCUCAAGGCGUUGGAGCUGCUGACUAACUGUUACGUGAUGGUUCAGGGAAACACCGUAUCUGCACUCGGACCCUACAACGGCCUUAAAGAGGUACGGAAGGUGGUGCUGGACACCAUAAAGAACAUUCACCCCAUCUAUAACAUCAAGACGUUGAUGAUAAAGCGAGAGUUGGCGAGUGAUCCUGAGUUGCGCUCUCAGAGCUGGGAGAGGUUCCUCCCAAACUUCAAACACAAGCACCUCUCCAAACGCAAACAACCCAAAACAAAGAGGAUCAAGAAGGAGUACACGCCCUUCCCCCCUCCACAGGCCGAGAGCAUGGUGGAUAGAGAACUGGCCUCAGGAGAAUUCUUCCUGCGUGAGAGUGAGAAACGCCGCCACAAAAUGAGCCAGAUCAAAGUGAAGCAGGCUGAAGCUCUCAGUAAGAAGCAGGAGGAGAGGAAGAAAGCGUUUAUUCCUCCUAAAGAAAAAACAACCAUCAAAAAAUCCAACAAAGCUCCUGAUGGUGAUAAAUUCGACAUCGAGGUGAUUAAAGCCAAAGUGAAAAAAGCAAAAAAUAAGAAGCUCGGAGCUCCAGCAGCACCGAACCCUCAAACAGCGCCACCUACUGAGCACAGCAAGAACAAGAGGAACAAGAAGAUAAGCUGAACAUCAGCACUGCUGCUAACAACCUGUACAUGUGUGUGUGUGUGUGUGUGUGUGUGUAUCUUGCAUUUGUUACCGAACACAAACUUUUAUUCUGAAUAAACACUCGUCUGUAUAAACCAGAUAAAGAGGAAA